AUGAUGUCCCCUCCUGCCCUAAUAAUCCCCCGUUCCCUCUCCCUCCCCUCCUCCGCAGACGAAAUUCGUCGCACCUCAAUAUCCUAUUCCGUUCGCCAGGAACACCAGCUCCUCUGCUCGGACGCACCGCUGACUCCCCCAUUGUCUCCCAAACCUGACCAAAAUAUUGAUUCCAUCAACAUUGGCGACCAAUACCCCCAUAUCAUGCCAGAAUCAGUCCGAGACAACCAGGCGAAGGAUCCAGAGGCCUUCUCUCAGGCCUCGUCCGAGGCCAUGGAUGUCGACGACGUCCCCGAAGAAGACACACCCAUUCAUCCUGUUCCCCGUCCUCAACGCCUCCUUGAGGACGAAAAGGUGCAUCUCCAACGAUCGGGAAUAAAGCUCUCAGACUUCCAAGUUCGCGGUACCCUAGGCACCGGAACUUUCGGCAAGGUUCUGCUUGUUCGCCACAAAAGCUCCUCUCAGACUGGCACCCAAAGCUAUUAUGCCAUGAAAGUUCUCCGCAAGACGGAAAUCGUUCGACUUCGUCAAGUCGAGCACGUCAACGCAGAACGUUACAUCCUUUCUCGGGUCCAGCAUCCUUUCGUUGUUGACCUCUUCGCCACCUUCCAGGACAGCCUCAACGUGUACAUGUUGAUGUCCUACGUGCCGGGUGGCGAGCUGUUCACGCACCUUCGACGUGCUCAGCGCUUUACCCCCGACGUGACUCGCUUCUAUCUCGCGACCAUCAUUCUCGCUCUCAAGUAUCUCCACUCUUUCAACAUCAUUUACCGUGACCUCAAACCAGAAAACCUCCUCUUAGAUUCACGGGGUUAUCUUCGACUCACGGACUUCGGUUUUGCGAAAAUCGUGGAUGAUCGUACAUGGACCCUCUGUGGCACCCCAGAAUAUCUUGCCCCGGAAAUCAUUCAGUCCGAUGGUCACGGCAAGGCCGCUGACUGGUGGGCGUGUGGUGUUCUGUGCUAUGAGAUGCUUGUCGGGUACCCUCCUUUCUUCGACGAAUCCCCAUACGGAAUCUACGAGAAGAUUCUGAAUGGCCAUAUUCACUGGCCUAGAAGUAUGGAUAGGCUCUCUCGGGACCUCAUCAGAGCGUUUCUCAAUCCCGAUCGUACAAAGCGAUUGGGCAACAUGAUUGGUGGUCCACAGGAUAUCCUCGACCACCCUUGGUUCAGGGGUGUCGAUUGGGACGCUCUCGAGCGUCGCGAAAUCAAUGCUCCCAUCAUCCCUAGGACGUCAUCCGUGGAUGAUACCCGCCAUUUCCUGCACCUCCCUCUUCCCCCACCUGAUGAAAUUCCAGGUCUCACUGGACAGGAGCGCAACUCUACAUUCCAACAGCGCUUCGAUCCUAUCGCCUAUCAAUUUCUUGAAUUCUAA